CAAAGAUCAGCUGUUUUAUAAUAACCUCAAAAACAAUUAAAAUGCUCCGUUUACUGUUGCGGCAAUUUAGAAACAUUUCACAUAAUUAUCCAUCCAUUCAACCCACGCCAACAUCAAGAUGGAUGCAUACAACUAAUACACUUCAACAUGGUGAAUAUGAAUGGCAAGAUCCCAAAUCGGACGAUGAAAUUGUUCGUGUUACGUAUAUCGACAAAGAUGGUAAACGCACGGAGGUCAAAGGAAAAGUUGGUGAUAACGUACUCUAUCUGGCACAUCGACACGGAAUCGAAAUGGAAGGCGCUUGUGAAGCAUCACUGGCGUGCACAACUUGUCAUGUAUAUGUAAUCGGAAAGCAUUACGAUCAAUUGCCUGAAGCGGAUGAAAAAGAAGACGACUUAUUAGAUAUGGCGCCAUUCUUACGAGAAAAUUCGCGUUUGGGUUGUCAAAUAGUAUUAACAAAGGAGUUGGAUGGUUUAGAAUUGCAGCUGCCAAGCGCAACACGAAAUUUCUACGUGGAUGGCCACAAACCCAAGCCACAUUGA